AUGGAGGCAAAGCAACGCGAGUGGCUUGCUGUGUCGCCUCACAACCAAGCAAAAGAGCCUCAGUUGAAGCAAGGCUCACCCCCACUUAACGUUUCUGCCUUGACGCACCUCAAUCAAUAUGAGACUUGCGGCUUACGCAGAAGUGAAGGGGUGUACAUCGCCAAGUUGGAUUCCCAUCCAUGCCAGAUGCCUCACCUUUCUGUGCCCGGGUUCACAGCCUCACUUUGUCACUCUAGCUGUUUCCAAGUGAUGGAGCUUCUCUUGCCCAUUCGCCUGAUUUUCUGCACGAAAUUGUCCCCGCAUUCCGCCGGAGGGGCAGUCUUCUGA